UCGUCCUCCUCCUCUCCAGUCUCCGCGCGGAUUUUUCAUUUUCCAUUUCGCAAUAGACAAAAUCAUCAGUUCUUGAGCUCGCUUUAUUUCAGCUCCGUAAGUAUCACCCACAUUCAAACCCGCAUCGGAGAAAUCACUACUUUGAAGGCAAAAAUGAGCAUGAAUGCAGCGAAAUCUCGGACUCGCGUGGGAAAAUACGAGCUGGGUAAAACCAUUGGCGAGGGUAGCUUCGCCAAGGUGAAGUUUGCGAGAAACGUUGAGACGGGACAGCACGUCGCCAUCAAAAUCCUCGACCGCAAUCAUGUGCUUCGACACAAGAUGGUGGAACAGCUGAAGAGAGAAAUUUCCACGAUGAAGCUGAUCAAACACCCGAAUGUUGUUAAUAUAUUUGAGGUAAUGGCAAGCAAAACAAAGAUUUACAUUGUCCUGGAGUUUGUUGAUGGUGGAGAACUAUUUGACAAAAUAGCUAACGAUGGGAGACUUAAGGAGAGUGAAGCAAGGCAAUAUUUCCAACAACUUAUUAAUGCUGUUGAUUACUGCCAUAGUAGAGGUGUCUUUCACAGAGACUUGAAGCCUGAGAAUCUUCUUCUGGACUCGAAUGAUAUUCUUAAAGUUUCAGAUUUUGGACUGAGUACAUACUCCCAGCAAGAUGAUGCACUGCUACGCACUGCCUGUGGAACCCCUAAUUAUGUUGCUCCUGAGGUGCUUAAUGCUAAAGGCUAUGAUGGUUCAGCAGCUGAUAUUUGGUCAUGUGGUGUGAUUCUCUUUGUUCUGAUGGCUGGGUACUUGCCGUUUGAUGAGCCAAAUCAAAUGGCUUUGUAUAAGAAAAUCAGCAAGGCUGAAUUCUCAUACCCAUCAUGGUUUCCACCAGAUGUAAAGAAACUGCUGAAUCGUAUUCUUGAUCCAAACCCUCUCACAAGGAUAAAAAUUCCAGAACUCUUGGGAGAUAAAUGGUUCAAGGAAGGAUACAAACCACCAUGUUUUGAAGAGGAAGAGGGUAUAAAUGUAGAUGAUGUAGCUGCGGCCUUCAAUGAUUCCAAGGAAAACCUUGUGACAGAGAGGAAAGAAAAACCCGUCUCCAUGAAUGCUUUUGAGCUCAUUUCGAGGUCCCAGAGUUUCAAUCUUGACAGUUUGUUUGAGAAAGAGAUGGGUAUUGUCAAGCGAGAAACAAGAUUUACUUCUCAGCGCCCUGCACAUGAAAUUAUUUCUAAAAUCGAGGAAGCUGCCAAACCACUGGGAUUUAAUGUUCACAGGCGAAACUACAAGAUGAAGCUUCAAGGUGACAAGACUGGAAGGAAGGGACACCUCUCUGUGGCUACUGAGGUUUUUGAAGUGGCUCCCUCGUUGCACAUGGUGGAGUUGCGGAAGACGGGGGGUGACACACUGGAGUUUCACAAGUUCUACAAAAACUUCUCGUCAGGUUUGCAAGACGUAGUGUGGCACACUGAAGGAAAAAAUGGAGGAAAACUUGAACAAUCAAGCUAGUGAGUGUAUUCCGGAGCGUGUAUCGGUUGGAAUGGACCAAGCUGAUGUUUGAUAGGAGAAACAAUAUUGCCCACAAAAUUGGUAGCCGCAUUGUUAUAAUCAUGUUGGGCUCUUAAACUUUAUUACUAGCUUAAUCAGGUGUGGAUGGCUAGAUCAUGCCCGAGAGACUGGAAAGAGAGAUUUGGUUGCCUUUCUGGUUGAUGAAUGUACAAGUAUUUGCGCACGGGCUUGUGUAAAUUAUUCAUGCGCCAUUUUCAUUGUUUCACUUUUGCAAAUUGCAAAACACAGAAAAUGAUCUAAUGGAACUGGUGGCUUUUUUUUUU